AUGGAGGCAGACCCUCGCCCCCAUGAAAAACCAUUACAGCUGCAUUAUCCAUCAAAGAAUCUAUCCAAUUUCCGACAUCGACCAUUAAAUCACGCAGGCGGAGAAAACGUCCGCUUAGUGUGUCUACUUCCCGGAGACUUCACAGAUCAAAUCUUCUGCGAACUCUUCCACGCCAGCCUCGAAUUUGGGAUUGACUACGAGGCUGUGAGCUACACGUGGGCAACCGAGGACGGGGAUGCUAGUCUAUCAGAGUCAAUCGCUUGUGGUUAUGUUGGGGAGGAAAAUGAGACGAAACUAUCGAUCACCGUGAAUUGUGCGUCUGCCUUGCGGAGGCUGAGGCACAGAUCGGAACCGAGGGUGUUAUGGAUUGAUAUUAUUGCAAUCGAUCAGGCAAACCCCGAGGAGAGAAACCACCAAGUCGGGCUCAUGGGCCAGAUAUACUCACAGGCAUCACAAGUCCUCGUCUAUCUUGGUGAAGAAGACCUUGGUUUCGGUGUGCAAGGAAUAUGGCAAGAUAGUGAGAGACGACUCGUAGCGCUCAAGAAGCUGUUUGCAAAAAGAUGGGCUUCACGGGUUUGGGUCAUACAAGAGGUAGCGCUGGCGCAGAAGCUGAAGAUGAUCACCGGGGAUGUAGCUAUCCCCAUGGACGCACAAUUCAUGACUCGUGUCAGAGGGCGUGCCAGAGUGUCUCAGCUACUUGUUCCUGGUCCACUGGCAUGGGAUCCUGUCGUUAGCGCUCCAAGUCGAGACUUGUUGACAAUGCUGCAUAUGUCGCGCAAUUGUCUUUCCACGGAUCCACGGGACAAAGUGUACGGUCUUUUGGGGCUGGCAGGCGAGCGAUUACAGAACCUCGUCCAAGUGGACUAUUCGCAAAGCGUCGAAGAGGUCCUUACUAUCGCAUCUAUGGCAAUAAUCUUUCUCCGAAAGGACUUCGAGAUCUUAGCUUACGCUACAUCAACUCUUGGAGCAACUCACGCAAAUGGACGCUUGCCAACCUGGGUUCCCAACUGGUCAGAAUAUCGUGACGAAGAGGCAGCAGUACAACAAUUCAACGGCUGGAGAGUUGGUCCAUGGAGAUCGCUCAGCAAGGAAUGGUUGUGGAAACGACUUGAAGAUGAAGAGAGAUUGGAUUGGCUUAAUGUGGUAACUAUGCCGACGAAUUGGUAUGGUUCUGCUAAAAAACCCUACCUUACCCUUCGUGCACAUUGCAUUGGAGUCAUCGAUGAUACAAUCCGAGAGUCCCAUGGUGGUCCCAUUAGUUCUUCUCGGCACGGCUUGCCCACUUAUGAUUAUCGCCUCCGAUUACAGACUUUGAUCGAAAGAGACAUCCCGACGGACCACUGGCCUCCACAAUUCCGAUGGCUCAUAGAGGGCCUUUCUACUGAGAGAAAGCUAUUCCAGGGUCGAUCCGAGCGUCCUAUUGUUGGGCGCUUGACUGAGUCCGAGAAGGCCGAUUUACAAUCAUUCUGCGACCACCUCGCAAGACUCUGA